ACAAUAACUCACUCUAUUGUCAAACAUUGCAUUCAAUGUAAUCUUUAACCAAACAUCUGAUUAUUAAGUGAUUUGUCAAACAUCUGGACGUUUUGGUGGACACCCGAUAAUAUUUACCACAACUAUGGACUCAUCGGCCAAUGAGUCGGCAAUUCUUGUAAUAGACGACAACAGUAGUCACGGAUCGGGCCAUCGAUUGGCCGCUAUUGACGUGAAUUCAGCACAAAAUGAAUUACAAUUUCAUUCAUUCAUACCAUCGACUACUCAGACGACAACAACUAAUACAAAGACAUCAUCGGUGUACUCAUCGGCCACUUUUGAUGACAAUAAUACCGAUGAAGAAGAUAUACUAUUAGGUCAGAGUCCCGAUAAGUCAUCUAAAUAUUCUUCGGUUGGUUUUUGGAGACUUGAAUACUUUGGACAAUACUUUGAUGUGACCACUAAUGAAGUGUUGCAACGGAUAUUGUGGUCAUCGAUACCCACUUUGGGCUCAAAGAAAGGCAAUUAUGUUGAAAGACAUUUGCAGUCGGGACCCGAUUUGUAUGGACCCGUUUGGAUAUCAAUUACACUGGUGUUCGCCACAGCUAUCUGUGGUAAUGUUGCUAAUUAUGUCAAGACUUUAGGAGACGGACUCAAUGCCACUCAUGAGGAAUGGCAUUACGAUUACACUAAAGUAGGAUUAGCCGCGUCGACAAUCUUCACAUAUGUAUUGGCAGUUCCCGUGUGUUUGUGGUUCUUGUUUUGGUUCAGAGGCUGUGUCGCCAACUAUUCAUUAUUAGAGACAAUUUGUAUUUAUGGAUAUUCCCUAUCAAUCUAUGUUCCCAUUUCUAUAUUAUGGGUAAUCAAUAUCCGUUUAAUUCAAUUAAUAUUAUUAUCAAUCGGAGCCAUUCUAUCGGGUAGUGUUCUGGUGCUUACAUUUGCACCGGUAGUUCAAAGCGAUCCGUCAAAAACUAUUAAAACUUCAUAUUUAAUAUUAAUUAUUAUUAUAUUAAUUCACGCUUUUCUUGCCUUUACUUUUCUCCAAUAUUUUUUCUAA